AUGGCUGCGCUGUUCCGUGUCAAGGCGCUCUAUGAGUACACCUCGCCGCACGAGGACGACCUCAACUUCGACAUCGGCCAGGUCAUCACCGUUACCGAGGAGGACGACGACGACUGGUACGGUGGCGAGUACCUGGAUGCUAAUGGCGUGAAGAAGGAGGGUAUUUUCCCUCGCAACUUCGUCGAGAAGAUAGAACCUCAAGCUCCCCCUCGGCCGACCAGGAACCGCCACAAGAAGGACACCGAGGCUCCUCCCCAGCCAGAACAAGCUUCGUCACAUCCUCCUCCCCCUCCUCCGACCGUGCCGGCCGUCGAACCGCCUGCCCCGCAGCCCUCAGAACCCGAGAUCGAGGAGGCUCCCGAGCCCGUCCAGAAGAGCCCUACUUCUCCCCAGAAGCAGCCAGCGCCCCCCGUUCCUACGCCUUCUUCGCCGGUCAAGGCGGCUCCCGCUCCUGCUCCCGCACCCGUACCUGUCCCAGCACCUGCUCCAGCACCUGCUCCCGCCCCCAAGUCGAAACCCGGUCCUCCUCCAGUCUCUGAGAAGCCGAAGAGUAGCUCUUUCAGAGAUCGCAUUGCCGCAUUCAACAAGCCUGCUGCACCUCCUAUUGCGCCCUUUAAGCCUGGGGGACUAAGUGCUGGCGGUGGUUCUGGGGGCGGAACUGGCUUCAUCAAGAAGCCCUUCGUCGCCCCUCCCCCAAGCCGUCAUGCUUUUGUGCCGCAGCCGCAGCAGGCCCCCGUGGCCAAGGUAUACCGAAGGGACGAAGACCCCGAGAUCAAGGACAAAGAGGCCGAGAAUCAGUUACAAGCAGAGCGUGCUGGCUUAGCUGGAGACCACGCUGAGGGUGAAGAAGGCGAGGAUCAACCCAAGCCUACCACUCUGAAAGAACGAAUUGCGCUGCUCCAGCAGCAGCAGCGAGAACAAGCCCUGCGCCAAGCCGACGCCGCAGCGAAGAAGGAUAAGCCCAAGAAGCCGCCCAAGAAAGCUGAGCCCGCACCGGAGGAUGCCGUAGAGGAGGAGGAUGUGCCGCCCGUGCCCCUCGGACGGAGAAGCACCGAGGAGUCCGGGGCCAGGACUUCGACCGAUGAUGGCCAGUCUGCUCGUGCACCAAUGCCCAGGAGGAAGGCUUCCAAGGGUCCGGCUGUGGACCCCGUCCUCGAUGGCAAUGAGGCCGACAUGUCCGGUGCUGGCGAUACUACGGAGGGACAGGAUGAUACCACCGAGCGGGAGGAUAACGAUGAUGUUACACGACACCCUGCCCAUGCCUCGACCGCGCCUCCAGUUCUACCUGCGAGGAAGUCGAGCGAGGCUGCCCCGGAGACACGCGAGGAAGAGAAUGCGCCAGAGCAAGAGGUGGAAGAGGUCGAGGAGGAGGAUGUUGAUCCCGAAGUCAGGCGCAAGGAGGAACUUCGCGCACGAAUGGCCAAGAUGAGUGGUGGCAUGGGCUUCCACGGCAUGUUCGGCAUGCCCGCACCCGGCGGCUUGCCUCCAAAGAAAAAGAAGCCUGCCCCGCCGCCUGACGCGUCUGAGGAAGCUGGUGCUGAUGAGGCGCCAGCGGUAUCUCGCGCUGCCCCUCCAAUUCCUACCAUGAUGGCUUUGCCUGGAAUGGGUGGCCCGAAGAAGUCAGAAGAGGGAAGCCGUCCCAGGGAAGACGAGCUUGAGGCUAGCACCCGAGCUCCUCCUCCUCCUAUUCCAUCCCGGCAGUCCACCCAGGAGCUUGACAAUGCAGACGACGACGAGGACAAUGAUACCACUCCCGCCUUGACUCCUGCACCCACCGUACCUCCUCGGGAUGCCGUCUCCCCUCCCGCAGUUCCUGGUGGUCGACCAGCUCCUCCACCAGUGCCUGCAGAAUCUCGUCCACCUCCACCACUUCCACCUACAAGCUUACAAUCACCAACAGACGGGUCAGCGUCUGACGAUGAACUUUCUGCCGCUCAGGAUAAACCUUCUCACAGCGCAGUGCCGCCACAGCUGCCCCCUCAACCUCCAUCUACUAAUGAACCCUCGUCUCCUUUGUCUACUGCAUCAAAACGAAAUAGCCGACCACCCCCUCCCAUCCCUGACUCUGCACCUCCAGCCCAUGCCAGGCCACCGCCUCCUCCUCCUCCAGGAAACAUCAGCCGACAAUCAACAGCAGAGGCUCAUCGUUCUCUGCCAGUUCGACCUAACCAGGCUGGUGAGAGGAAUGAGGAUGAAUUAACUGAGUAUGAGGGCGAUUACGACACUGAUAUUGCCUCAUCAGUACACCACAAGGAUGCUCUAAAGGCACAUGCCCGUGAUUCUAGCCUGGAGGAUAAUACUCUCCAGUCUCCUGUUACAGAUACGCCGCCGACUUUACCACCACCCGUCCCGUCAUCAGCACCUCGAGCAGGACCUCCGCCUAUCCCCAGCCAGGCGCCGCCUCCACCUAUCCCCAGCCAGGCUCCUCCUCCUCCCAUUCCUGGCCAGGCACCGCCAAUUCCUAGCCAGGCACCGCCACCACCUGUUCCUAGCCAUCCACCUCAAUCACCUCGAGAAAGCAAGCGUCGGUCUGUAGAUUUCCCUCGCGCAGCUCCGCCUCCACCGCCUAUCCCAAGUCAACCGCCUCAAUCGCCGCCAGAGACCACCCGACGGUCUGUAGACUUCGCCCCGCCUCCCCCACCUCCGGCAGUGGCUUCUCCUGAUGAAUAUGAUCUUUACAAUAAUCACGCCACUCCGACUCCUGGUUAUGCCCCACGGACGCCCAAGAUCGAUGAGGAGAGUUACUUUGCAGACACGGCCCUUGCCCCUACUCAAUCUCCUCCCGACCGAAGGGCUCCUGGACCUGCCAGAACACCCACUACUCGUCAAUCUGUCGACCUUGGCAGGAAAUCCAUGAGCGCAAGGCGGUCCGUCGAUGUCCCCAGGUCUGGCGCCGAGUCUGGGUUCAUUGCCAACGAUAUCGAUCUGGGAGCCCAGAGUGGUUGGUGGAAGCAAGCUAACCAGGUCCCUCCCGCCCUGCAAGGCAGACGAGACGUCUUCUUUGAGAGCGAAGAGUCGACUUCAACCAACCAAGGUUCCAAGACCAUUGUUACUCGGGAAAUCUACGUCUUGUUCCAGGACUACUCGCAGACGAUACUCACCGUACGUUACGAUCCCUACAAUCCUGCAGAUGUCGAGUUAGAGCAGCGUCACGAGCCUCCUCCACGACCCCUCCGCCAAGACCAGAUGGAAGAGUGCUACGAAAGAUUCGGCCGGGCUGUUUCCCAAGCCGUGGCGUCCAGGAAGGACACCAUUGUUGGCGAUGGCACCCCUCAGGGCUUGGUCAUGGAACUGCUGAAGCCGUUCAGCGAGGCUCUACACCCGGUUGGCACGCGCGCCUACGGUGCUCUAGUCUACUCGAACAUGGGCAACGCUUCGACGCAGCACAAUGAUAUGAUCCGUCCCGGCGACAUCAUCUCCAUCCGCAACGCCAAGUUCCAGGGCAAGCAUGGCCCCAUGCACGCCAAGUACUCGGUCGAGGUUGGCAAGCCGGACCACGUGGGUGUCGUCGCCGAGUGGGACGGCUCGAAGAAGAAGGUCAGGGCGUGGGAGCAGGGCAGAGAGAGCAAGAAGACCAAGAUGGAGAGCUUCAAGCUCGACGACCUGCGGAGCGGCGAGGUCAAGAUCUGGCGCAUCAUGCCCCGGAGCUGGAUCGGCUGGAGCACCCCAUCCUAG